UGGGAGGUCUACCUGUGUGACCGUGCAGACCGAUGAGCGCUCCUCCUCUCCGCCGUCAUUGGUCGCCUCUGGAAGCGGAGAGAAACCCGCCGGACGUCCACUGCGCCUCCGCUUCACUCGCUGCAGGAUCGAGACGCGCGCCGGAGGAGCGCGUGGCAAAGCCAGAAGUUGAUUUUGGGGAUAUUUUUGAAAGAGAGCUCUUUGUUUCUGUUUGUUUGACAAGUGCAUUGGCGUUUGUAGCAUGCCGGCUGGCCCCCGCAGCCGGUAAAAAGGCGUUAGAAAUGUCUCACCAUCAGCGGCUCGUGCAGCUCUCCGCCGCUUCGCUCGCGGUCGUCUUCGCGCCGGAUGAGGAGAGUCUGCGCGCCGGCGGAGGGAAAAUCGGUGCCGGUGCCACGAGCGGACAGGAGGUGUUUGCGGACUUCAAGGCUCAAAAUCUGCGCAGUUCCUGGAAUAAGAGACUCGUUAAGGCCAUGGCUGAAGUGCACUUCCAGGGAUGGAUGGAAAACUUGGUGCUUUUCAUUCAAGGGAACGCAAACAACUUGGAGGUGCUGAGAGAAGCGUGGAUGCGCAGAGCUCUGAGGUCACCAAAGGGACUUAUCAUCAAAGCUGUCGGUGACCUGUCCCCGGUGCAGAUGUCCCCCGUCCCCCAGUCCCAGUUCAUUCCAUUGGCCGAGGUGUUGUGCUCCGUCAUCUCAGACAUGAACUCCUCUCAAAUCACCGUCAACCAGGAAGCGCUAAUCAAUUACAUGAGCAAAGCCCACUCCGGGAUAACCAUCCCAACUCAGGACAUCCUCUACAAUGCUCUAGGCAAUCUAAUCAAGGAGCGCAAAAUUUACCACACAGGCGAAGGCUACUUCAUCGUCACCCCUCAGACCUAUUUCAUCACCAACGCCAUGGUCCGGGAGAAGAGCUGGUGGACUUCUGGUUCAGCCGACGACCCUCCCUCGCCUCCUCCCAUCACUUACCUGUUGAGCAACGAGGUCUGCGUUGAAAGCACUCAACCGCAGCCGGUGGCGCACUGCAAGUCUUGCAGCUGCUUCAGCCCUCUGCAAACAGCCGCCGAUAACGCCUGCGCUGCUGUAACGGCCGCCGUCCCUCCCUCCACGGUGCCGGACCAGCAUUCCGUCUCUUUCUCCGUAAGUGAAUGCACAGGCAAGAGCCUAAAGUGGCCGAGACCGUUAGAUCACAAACCCACUGUGCAGCAUCAGUCCACCUCCACGGCUGCAGAUUGCCACGCAAGCGAUAUCAGCAAAGCAACAGCGACUACUAACGCCACUGGCCGCAAGGAAAAAGACAACAAACCGGGGAGGAAGUUUGGUCUCAGCUUGUUCCGAAGGAACGGAGGUAAGAAAGAGAAACCAAAGAAGGAGUACACAUCAUUUUCAGCCCAGUUUCCACCGGAGGAGUGGCCAGUAAGAGACGAGGAGGACCUGAACAACUUACCCCGCGACCUGGAGCACGCCAUCAUCAAACGCAUCAACCCUGAGCUGACCGUGGACAACUUGACCCGUCACACGGUCUUAAUGAAGAAGCUGGAGGAGAGAAGGGAAAGAGGGACGGACAGAGUCUUGGACAGAUGCUUGGACAAAGACGAUAAGGGGGUAGACAAGGGAAUGUCUACUGACAUCCCGGCAAAACCCAGGCAUCAUCACUCCUCUAAGGCAGGGAGAAGAUCUGCUCAGAAGGCCUCUCGCAGCAAAAGGAGGGCCCAUUCCUCCAGAGAGAAGCAGAGGGAGAGGGUUAAGAGUAAGGUUCCAAUAAGUGCGGAUGAUUAUCCACAGGGGGAGGAUUUGAUCCCGUCUCGGCUCAGAGUGGAAAUCCGCGUUGAUGAACAAGACCAAGUGGAAGAAGGUGGAGCAGGUUAUAAAUCUCUUUAUAAGAAACGCAUUGAAAACCCUUUCCAGACUCAGCCGAUCAAAGAAGCUGAGCCCGUUAUUCCUGCCACCAUCAACAAAGAGCACAGAAGGCAAGAGGUGAAAGGGGGGGGAAAGGUUUUGGGGCCGGGGAAGAUGGAUCGAACGUCUCACCGGUCAAAAUCGUGGGACCCCAAUCGGUCCAAAGUGAUUGCAACAGCAGAGCAUACAGGGAAAUCUCCCACAUCUGAGGACAGGUACAGCUGUGUCCAUACCAGGGAGCCCACGGCAGAUCAUUUGCUCCAAGCAGACACGAAGAUCCAAAACGAGCUGCCCCCGGACUACAGCUCAGCAUACCCACAGAGCAGUACGCUUCGGAUCGACGACAAGACCCGACAACAGAGGGAGGGAAACGGCAGCUGUGAGAGAGACGCGAAUGAGCAUUUUCAGGAUGCAGAAUACAACGGGGUACCGGACCACAGCCAAGCCGUGGGUGACAGACUCUCUAAUGUCCAACAAUACUCAACAAUUCUCCCUACACCUUCCUAUGAGCCGGUCAUAAACCCCUCUUAUGACCCAUCCCCGUCCUGGCACAAGCCCCCUUUACUGCGGAGACACUCCCUUAGAACCUCCAAGCCUCAACGGGAUGAUACUUGGGGACCAGAGCUCUCGUCACACCAGCAGGCCUGUGAAAAUACAGCCACCCAGGAACAACGGGACAUACGACCUGUUACUAAUAUUAGCAUCGAGCAAAGGACCAUGAGCCGGGGAGAAAGGCCGGGACUGAUGGCUGACAGCCCUCCCUCAAUAACAGACACUGACGGCUUUAUAGAGGACGACUGUAGGCUUUAUCAGAGAGCGGAGGAGCAGGAGGAUGAGGAUGCCUGCAGCUCCUUGUGUCUGAAUGAGGAAGACAUCACCGACGCUUCAAAGGCGUACUGUAAAGGUGUAGCGGACUACCAUGGCCACCGCUCCGGUUACCAUGACCACGGAUCGGAUGUGCAAUAUCCGGGGCCCCGCCGUCACUAUAAUGAUUCCAACUCUCAGCAGCCGCUAGUUGCUUCGAUAGAAGAUUCUAGGGACGGCGCUUUCACGGAUAUCACCACCUCACCCAUCCAGAGGGACGCUUCCCUCAGCCCCACCGGCCCGAGAGAGACCGGCUGGAGACUCCAUCAGCGCCGUCAGAGAGACAGAUCGCCAGGGGCCAAAGGUGAAUCCAGCUCCAGGCGAGCCACAUCCAUCCAGGCGGAGAGACGGCGUGAGGUCAACCUCGAUGCGGAUCGUCCCGAACCACCGGACGCCGCAGACGGAAGCAUCUUUGACUACUGCCAGACCAGUGAGAUAGAUUCCGACACGGAGACCGUCCGUAAAUCGGGCGACGAGGGCGACGGCGAAUCCGCUCACUGGGCAGCCGAGGCGGAGGUGGCGCGGGCGGAUGAGCUCGAUGAGACGGGCGUUCCUCAGCCUCAAAGGGGUGUUCUGAGCACGCCCAGUGGAGCCAGACGGGCAGAGAUGAGGGAGGUGGUGGAAGCAGGAGAGAACCGGAGCGUCACAGGGGACAGUGGCAUAGAUUCUCCACGGACCCGUGUCAGUCUGGCCUCCAGUAACACUGUCAUUCUGGAGGGUCUCAAGAGGAGAAGCUUCUUACAAAACCUGGAGAAACUGCAUUCGAAGAGCAGCGCCAUCCGGCCGCAGAGCUCGUUGCUGCAGCUCACUCCCGUGAUGAACGUAUAGCGGGCUGUCGAAGCCUCGAAUGCCCCGCGAACUGAUUCCUGCACGGAACUCAACGUGAAAAGGCCCGAAACCGUGGCCUGGACCCUCCAGUUCAAUGCGUCCAAAAGGACAGAAACAUAUCCUAUAAGGGAGGUUUCCACCUCCUCGUCUGAGUAUUGAUGCCUUUUUAAACCAGUGCUCUGUGUACAGAUGUACAGUAUAUAUGUAUUUCUUUUUGUAAAUAAUAUGAAAUGUAAUGUAGACUAGGAUUCAUCCAUUCGUGACUUCUUUGCGUAUGUGUUGUUAAAUGUAUGGUGUAUUGCAGCAUUUUUUUGUGAUUUCUUUUGUCUUUGUUCAGUUUCCCGUCUACGUGCCUCAUUAGUAUAAAUGUUCACAGCAGCAAUAGUGUCUCUCCUAGAGGUUCCCUUUAUUUUCUUGUCAUAAAGCAAUUAUCACAAAUAAAAUGGUAAACAUCAA